GAUUACUUCUGAUUUUACCGUUACAUUACACUGUGAUUUAUGAAUACACCAAUUUUGAUGACGCAGUUAACACUUCCGGUGAACAUGGACACCCCUGGCAUAUUGAUAACUUCUUGUUCUAAUACUUACAGCCCGUAUACGCUUGUAAAAGAUAUCCUAAAUGUUGAAACUCUACCUGAAGGCAAGCCGGUGAUUGAAAAUGUCCAGUGCUUUGAUUGGACCAUUGAAACAAAAUAUUAUACAGCCAAGGUUACACUGUGUGUUACUGCUGAAAGAACUAUAGGCAACCAACAUUUUGCAGAAAAUAUACAGGCAUUUGUUACAUGCUUCGACUCAGAGAAGGCAAGCAGUCUUGAAGCAGUUAAACUAUGGCUGCCAUACUUGGAUCAGCUGGAGCCAGAGGUUAAGAUUCUUGUAUGUGAAAGGUGUUCAGAAACAACAGAUGUGAGCAAAUUGGCCGCCCAGACAUGGUGUAUUGAACAUGGUUUUGAGCUGGUUGAAUUGAACCCAGAAACUCACAUAGACAGUGACACAGAGGAUGAUUUCAUGGAGACGACAGGCUUGAAGAGAAUCAUACAGGCUCUACAUGCCCACACCUGGCCCAACCUGCUCAUGAAAGACACAAGGCACACUGUGAGCCCAUUCAUCCGACAGCUGAUGAAGGAGGAACAUGACCUCCAACAACUGAACACUGAACUCUCUGUAGACCCUGAUUGUGGGGAAAACAGCUGUGGAGACUGUGAACAAACUGAGGAAAUCGCAGAAACGUCAAAGUGUACUUGUUCAUCCGAUAUAAAAAACUGUGAUAGACAUACAGACAUUGGUGCUGUCCACAUGGAUCUAAAAGACACGGUUAAAGAAGCUUCUAGCAGUAGAACUGAUGUUUGUAAUGGUGACACUUCAGAACAUGGGACAAAACAGUGCACUGAAGCCUCUGGUAAGAUAAAGGGUGAUAAAAGCUCUAAGAAGCACCUUUCCAAAGAAGAAUGCUUAGACAGCUUAUUGCCAAGUGAGGACUUAGAGUUGUUUGCUGCCCUUGGCAAUGAGGACCCUGGGGAGGAGUCAUUUGAGAAACUCUUUGAGAAGUUUGCACAUAUGAAAGAGAAAGCAAGUAAUCUCCCGUUUGAAGAAAGGAGAAAAUAUGCAGAACAUGUUGCAAUUUCAUUUUGGAAGGCCAUGGGAGGAGAUGAAGAUGAAAUAGGUGACCUUGACAGUGAUUGAUCGAGUAACCUGAACAUUUUACCUUGAACUUUGCUCUUGACCAUUUUACUUGACCAGCCAAAAGUGACGAUAGACUUAAUAAUAGGAGCUUUUUCGUUUACUGUUCAUUUUAAAGUGUAUAGGAUAAAUAAAAAAAAUAUAAUAAUAAAAAAAAAAAAUAUAUAUAUAUAUAUAUAUAUAUAUAUAUAUAUAUAUAUAUAUAUAUAUAUAUAUAUAUAUAUAUGUCACAUGCUAUACCCUGUUUCCCAUGUAAUACAACCAUUACACAUUUUUUUUUAUUACUUAUAUGUGUAAUACAACAUUUUUAAGCGUUUUCAUUGGCUUAGUUUUAGUUUAUUUACCAAUCAGCAUUUUGUUACUUUGCUGAAAUGACGUUGCAACGUCAAAUGACGUCACGAAACGUAAACAACAUUCGGGAUUUAUCAUUAUAUUUGCGUAAAUAUUUAUUUAAUUUGCUCAUUUAAAAGCAUGUGAUAAAAUAGAUCUGACACUGGUUGUCAUAUCAAGGCUCGCUUACUAACAAAAUUUCUGAACUCGUUUAAUAAAAUGUGGUAUGAUAUGACAACUCGUGCCAGAUCCUAUAUAUAUAUAUAUAUAUAUAUAUAUAUAUAUAUAUAUAUAUAUAUAUAUAUAUAUAUAUAUAUACAUGUUUAUACUUUGAGGAACUGUUAAUGCAUUCCAGUAAUUAUAAUUAUUUUACACCAAUUAUUAGAUAUUUAUUUAUUUAUCUAAUGUUUGCAUGUAGAUGUGAAAGAAGUGUUGUCAGUAGAUUAAAUUUUCUUUGAGAUUUAAUAUGUAAUAUGCCAGACAUGCAACGUUGCUAGUCCAUCUUUGUCCUUUUGUUUUUAAUAAAUAUUGUUGGAGCAAUAUCUUCUUUAUAUUGUCAUUAUGGAAUGGUGUAGGUAGUGAUGGAAUGUGGAUAGAAAUGCUGUCACAUAGUCAGUAAAACACAAGUCCAAUAUAGUGUUCAUUGCGAUUUAUGUCCGUAAAAUUAAAUAUUCUGAACUGCAAUAUACAUGCGGCGGCCUAAUGGCCGGGGCCGCCAUGCAGCAGCAACAAAUCGUGACCUAUCUGCUUGUUGUCGAACACAUCCUGUCUUUCUCUUCUAAAGUGAAUAUAUUAAUAUACAUUGAAACACUCAAUGGUGAUGUGUGCAAUGCCGAUGGGAAGGCGUGCAAAAUCUUGUGGACAAAGGUAACGAUGUAAUAUGACGUAUGCAACGGACGUAUAUGGACGUGUCAUUUACAUUAGAUUAUAGAACAAUUAAUGGGCUGCAUGCUUACCCAAGACAUAACUAAUUCGUUAAACAAGCAAUGGGCAAUUCACUUCGUGCGUUCUCUAGUUUAAGGUAAACAUAAUUUUUAUGUUGUCUAUUUGUAUAUCCAUUUAGAUAGACGGACAUGUUAUUGAAUUUGUUGCAAAACAAACAUAAAUUAAUACUAUCGUUAGUAAUCUAUCUUAUGCACCAUGUUACAAUGCUUAUUGUAUUUAUUAUUUCAGAUUGCAAAGAAUAUCACACUUUGCAAGGAAUUCAAAGAUGAAUAAAUAUAUAUCACAA